GGGAAGUUCCUCCGCUAUAAAGAUGGCCUCCCUGUGUUCUACCGGUAUCAGACAAGAUGAGGGUGUUGUCCGUGUUCCUCUGCCUCCUCGGUGUAGCUACAGCCAGGACUCUACUUCAGCUGGCUCAUGAUCUCCACGCCAGAACGUUUGCGUCCCUGGUGGCCAAGGCUGGGCUGUCUCAUGAACUAGGCACACAAGGGCCAUUUACAAUAUUUGCGCCUACUGAUGCCGCCUUUGCCAAAGUACCCAGUGACGUCAUGACAAAACUUUCCCAUGACAAAGAUUUACUCACUAAAGUAAUCAAGUAUCACGUGACCGCCGGUAGCCAAUUAAUGACAAUUUUUAAAAACGAUAUCGAAAUUGGAUCCUGGGCCAAUGGGUACAAAAUAAGGAUAAACGUAUACCAGAAUGGUCAGGUGAUGACUGCAACUGGAAGCAGAAUUAGCUCAAGCGAUAACAUUGCUUCAAACGGAGUGGUUCAUCUUAUUGAUGACGUCAUGUACCCGCUGCCAGAAGAGAGCAUUUUACAGUACUGCGCAUCCAACCAGAACUUAACUCAGCUCACCUAUUCUUUCAUUAGAGCAAAUCUGCAAUAUGACAUUCAAGGAGGACCUUUCACAGUAUUUGCGCCGAUAGAGGCCGCUUUUGACGCCUUGCCCACAGGAUUUCUUAACACUGAGUUUCUUACACUAGCAGCUUCCAGAACCUUGCUGCAGUACCACUAUGUACAGGGAACCUAUUACAGUGCAGGACUGUCCGACGGAAUGAAGAUCCGUACUGUACAGGGAAGUGACGUCAUCGUUAAAAUGCGCAAUAAUACUGUUAUGGUGGAAAAUGCAAAAGUGAUUCAAGCAGACAUUAAAGUAACAAAUGGCGUUGUCCAUUUAAUUGACAAAGUGUUACUAGUGGCGAACCACGUGAGUGGAGAAUCGGAACCUCACUCGAUAGGAUAGUCACUGCAUGGAUAGGAUAGGAUAGUCACUAGAUAGGAUAGUAUAGUUACUCUACAUUAUACUCACAUUUUGUAUAUAGAUUCAUUGUUCAUUUUGUUGCUGAAUAAAAUUGUUUUGUACUUAUGUA